AUGCACAAAACUGAUCAUAUUAUAGCCGACUGCGAGAAAUACGACAUCGACAUCGUAGCAAUCCAAGAGCACCAGCAUAGAACAUCUGAUACGGUGGGCUAUAGUCAUCACAAACAACGCAGCAACUGGACUCUGGCACACUCAGACUCAUCAUCCAUCUGCCAUGGAGUAGCCAUUCUGUACAACAGCAAGAUUGCUCAGUUAACCACCUCAGUCACGGUCAAAUCGGAGUGCAUAAUAAUCGCACAUAUCAAGGGCAAUCCAAAAUUUGUGUAUUCUUGCUUUUCAAUAGUGCAUCUUCAAAUGUUAUUGGCUGUUGGCUUGGCCAUCGUAUGUUUCUGCCUGGUGAUUGGCUGCAUCAUCUGUUGGUGGCACCAGAAGUCCCACCCCUCAGAUGACAAGCAAGUGGGGCUAUUCCAACCCUCUUUACCCACAAAUCAUGUGACUGUAACUCUUAGCCCUGCCCCCUCUAUCAACACUCUGCCAAUCAAACAGCAAUAUGAAGAGUUGGAUGGAGAAGUCCUGGACUAUCCCUCUCUUAACAGCAGCUCCACCCCUUCAGAAGACGACUUUUCAUUUUUUUCUCUGCCCCAUGAUCCGACUGAAAUUAAGGGACCUCAGAAGUCUCGUUUUACUCUACGACGUCUUAGCUCCCCCACAGUACCCUCCACACCUACUAAACCUGCUGUCCGAGGCCGUUCCUCACUCCCAACAAUUCCUAAACUCAGCCUAGUGGCAAAGACCCGCCGAGCACUUGAUCGCAGAAGCACCGGGAUUGUUGAUAACCUCCUGCAUUCAGAAAACAGCAGUCUAACCACCUGCGAUUCUCUCUCUAGUCUCCAGCAGGCGCUCUCUCAAAGGCAUUAUGGCUCCAUUUCCAGACAUAACUCCAGUUCGCACAAACCCACACCAUCACUUCACUUCACCUUGGUCUUCUCACCUACAGAGGGUAGACUCACAGUCACUAUUCUGGGUCUCUACCGGGGCUCUAGGAGACUGAGAGGAACAAAAGUCAGGGCUAGCCUGCCUCCACUUUGCACCACACCGCUGCACGGCGGCCCUAUGCGCAGACAUAGCCUUAGUACAGAAACGCCACCACUGGUGUUCCAUCUGCAGGUGAGAUCAGCUGAAGAGCUUCGUUCCUGCACCCUCAGAUUGGAAGUAUCUAGCAGAGAUUUCUCUGGCCUGAGGGAGACGUCUGUGGGUGAACUCGAGCUGGCAUGUGCGGACAUCGACUGGGAGCCCGAUUUCAUGGUCACCCUUAAUCAUCAACUCAACCCUUUUAGGAGCAAGAAAAGGAAGAGUCAGAGUUCUCAAGAUGCAGUGGGGGAUAUUGAGCGUUCUGUUUUUCCUGUGAGAUUUUUGGGUCAACUCCUGAUUCUGCUGCAGUAUCAGACACUAGCACACCGAAUGAAAGUGAUGGUGCGAAAAGCUGAGAACCUGCCCAAACUUACCAGAAUGCCUGGAACCCCAGAUCACUAUGUUGUCAUCAACCUAUGUCAUAAUAAAAAAGUAAUCAGCACUAAGGAGACAAAGGCCGCCAGUGGACCAAACGCUGUUUGGAACGCUCCCUUUCUGUUUGAUUUACCAGCUGGUGACAUAAGCCAACUUCCUCUAGUCUUGGAGUUCAUCGUAAUGCAGGGAAGACUGUACACCAAGAGUUGCUUUCUUGGUCUUGUUCUGAUUGGACACGAGGGUCCCGAAGUGGGAAACCAGCACUGGAAAGAGAUGUGCAGCAGGUCGCAGGUGGAGACAGCACGCUGGCAUGAACUUCUACCGGUCAAUCCAUAG